CUAGCAGUAUCAGUACCAUACACAGAGUUCCCUCUAGCAGACACGCAAUGGCAAGACUACGGUUUGUGAUUCUUCUCGCCCUGGUGGCACUGGCCGCGGCCAAGCCUUCCUCGAAGCGCAUCGUUGGAGGCGAGAACGCGAUUGAGCACGAGUUCCCGUACCAGAUUUCGCUGCAGAUCAACUACCACAAGCCCGGAAGGGCUCCGUUCCACUUCUGCGGUGGUUCGCUGAUCGCCGAACGGUUCGUGCUGACUGCUGCUCACUGUGUCCCCCAGGACGUCCCGGCCGGUGCAGUCCCGGAAGCCGUGGCUGGAGAGCACGACUUUACGCAGUUCGAUGAAUCCGUACAGCGCCGAGCGAUCGUCGAGUUUAUCGUGCACGAAGGAUAUUCGGGUGGCAUUGGACCGAACGAUAUUGCCGUGUUCCGUGUCGAUCGUCCGUUCCAUCUGAACCGCAACGUGCAGUUGAUCAACUUGCCGGAACCGGAGGCAUCGCCGAAUGGUCUGUGCAUCAUCAGCGGCUGGGGAUCUACUUCGUUCUCUCCGUUCCCGACCUAUCCUAGCAUCCUCCAGAAAACGACCAUCCCCAUCUUCGAUCUGGAAGAGUGUCGGGAGAUUUACCCCACGCAGAACAUUGCCGACAGCAACAUUUGCGCUGGUACGAUCGAAGGUUCAUCGAGUGUGUGCUCCGGAGACUCGGGUGGCCCGUUGGUGCAGAUCGAAUACGAUGGCUCGUUCGUGCAGGUCGGCACGGUUUCGUGGGGAGGUAUCCCCUGCGGAGGCUACAGGAAUCCGGGAGUGUUUGUUCGCGUUUCUUCGUUUAUUGACUGGAUUAAUGAUAAACUCAACAACUGAGCGCAGUUCCUGGCCCUCGACACGCGAUUCUAAGGUGAUGGUUAUUGUGAAUAAAUCUUGGUUUUGAAGCAUUAA